AUGGAGCCGCUGUACCAGCAAACGCACAAGCAGGUCCGUAAGACCUAGUCUCACAAGGGAGGGCGUGAGAUGGCAAAGUCUCUGCACUUAGUAGAAAACAAAAUCCAAGCAAACACAGACCAGAUAUUCAGCCAUCUAGAAUGUCUGGAGAUUUUGUCCAGCAAGGAGCCCCCUAACAAAAGACAGAAUGCCAAACUUCAUGUUGACCACUGAAAGUAUCAUGUCCAGCACCUUAGAAUGCUUGGAAACUUCCAGCAUCAGUGAUACAUAAGAGAGCAGGAGAGAUGGCAAGAGGGGCUUCGGGCCCAGAGACUGACCUUGAAGGGGGCUCAGAAGAAGAUCCUUGAUACUGCCAACAUGCUGAGCUUGUUACAGCAUGGUGAGAAGCGGGCUUUCCAGGACAAGUACUUUAUGAUUGGAGGGAUGCUGCUCACCUGUGUGGUCAUGUUCCUUGUGGUACAGUACCUGACGUGAGCCAG